AUGGAUUCUUUCCUUCAGAAUGGAGAUAUUCUUAUUGGAGGAGUUUUCGUGGUCCACUCUGGUUUUGAGUUUAAACCACCAACUUUCCAGGAACUUCCAAAACCGAUAUCAUGCACAGGGUUUCAUAUCCGUUAUUACCGGGAUGUUCUAGGCCUCAUGUUUGCAAUAAAUGAAAUUAAUCAAUCUCCAUACCUACUACCUAAUAUCACCUUGGGCUUCAGUCUUGUUGACUCCUGUAUGUCUGAAAUGAGAGCUGUCGGAGGAGUCAUGUCCCUAAUGUCAGGAGACGAUAAUCCAUUACCAGGAUAUGAUUGUCACCUCCAGUCUGCCAUGGCUGGGAUAGCAGGAGAACUUGUAUCUGCUUUAUCUCUUCCAAUGGCUCGGGUCCUUGGUGUCCUCCAUUACCCCCAGAUCAGCCAUGGGGCAACCCUGUCCAGCCUUAGUAAUAAGAUCAACUUCCCAUCAUUUUUCCGCACUGUACCUAACAACCUUUUUCAGAACAUUGCUCUUACCCAGUUGGUUGUACAGUUUGGCUGGACAUGGGUGGGAAUGCUGGUUGUGGACAAUGAUGCGGGGGAGCAAGGUGGACAAAUUAUUCAAGCUGGCAUAAAGAGAAGUGGAAUCUGUAUAGCUUUCAUGGAAAGAAUCCACCUGAACUACUCACUGAGACAGAUUUUAAGAGUGGUAGAGGUGAUUAAGAAAAGUUCAGUCAAUGUGAUCAUUCUGCACAGUCCUGAGGUCCACACAAAACUUCUCUUAGAUACUCUGUUUGAUGAGGCUGUAGAGGACUUUGGAGAAAGAAUGUCCUUGUUAUUUGAGACCAAUGACCUAAGUUAUACCUACCAUGCUUACUUAGCGGUCUAUGCCUAUGCUCAUGCAUUAAACAGGCUUCUUGGGUGUCAUAAUGGAAUCUGUGAUGAAAUUAGUUUAGUACAACCCUGGAAGGUGCUUCGUUACCUCAAGAAAGUGAGCUUCCGCACCAUGUCUGGGGAAGUGGUAAAGUUCAAUGCUGAUGGGGACAUCCCAGCCUCCUAUGACAUCAUCAACGUUCAGGUUCUUCAGAACAACUUUAAUCUGGUGAAAGUGGGAACAUUUGAUCCAGAAGCAAAAGGUGGAGACAAAAUAACAUUGAACAUCAGCUCCAUUCUAUGGAAUGAGAAGUUUUCACAAGCGCCUAGUUCCACUUGCAGUAUCCAGUGCCGUCCUGGGUACAGGAAGGUCCCACGACAAGGAGAGCCUGUCUGCUGCUAUGAUUGUCUCCCCUGUUCUGUGGGUGAGAUGGCCAAUGGCACAGAUUCCAGUGACUGUGUUAAGUGUCCUCCUGACCAGUGGUCCAGUGAGAAGAAAGACCGAUGCAUAACAAAAGUGAUAGAAUUUCUUUCAUAUGAAGAACCGUUGGGAAUGACAUUAGUUGUAAUGGUUGUUAUCUGUUCAGUUCUUACUAUCUGCAUUUUAAUAAUGUUUACUAAACACCAGGAGACACCAAUUAUCAAAGCCACCAACAGGGAGCUCAGCUACAUAUUGUUGGUGUCUCUCAUACUCUGCUUCCUCUGCAGCUUGGUCUUCAUAGGUCAGCCAUCUAAGGUGACCUGCCUUCUGAGACAAACGUUAUUCAGUGUGGUUUUCUCUAUCAGCAUCUCCUCAGUCCUGGCUAAGACUAUUAUGGUAAUCUUGGCAUUUAAAGCCACCACUCUUAACAGUCCCUUGAGGAAAUGGUUGGGACCUACAAUCCCACGUUACCUUGUAGGACUUUGCUCUGGGCUGCAGAUCAUAAUUUGUUCUGUUUGGCUUAACAGUUCUCCUCCUUUCCCAGCACUGAAUUCUCAGCUGGAAAAUCAUAAGAUAAUCUUUGAGUGUAAUGAAGGACAUAAGUUGUUCUUCUACAUGACUUUGGGGUUCAUGGGCUUCUUGGCCAUGAUAAGUUUUUUUGUAGCCUUCUUGGCAAAGAACCUUCCAGGAACCUACAACGAGGCCAAACUCAUUACCUUCAGCAUGUUGGUCUUCUGCUGUGUCUGGCUCUCAUUCAUCCCUGCCUAUCUGAGCACCAGUGGAAAAUAUACUGUAGCUGUGCAGGUAUUUGCCAUCUUGGCCUCUAGCGCUGGACUUCUGAGCUGUAUCUUCCUCCCCAAAUGUUACAUCAUACUUCUGAGGCCGGAAAGGAAUAGUCGAGAGCUGUUAGCAAACAAUAAAAGGAAUAGGAUUUUUGGGUAA